AUGAGAUGGAAGGCCUCGUAUACGAAACGACUGGUAAUUUCUUUCCCGAUUUCGGAUGCCAACUACAAGGAGGCGUGGGCGGCAUUGUCGAACUUCUACGACAAGAAGAAAUACACGGUUUUCUCUCUUGUCCGGGAAUUUGUCGAGCAGCCUGUCAUCACCAACGCUACUGCCGACAAUUUGCGCAAACUGGUCACUACUUCGGACGAGGUAGUUCGACAACUAAAUGCACUGGGAGAGGAGUACAACACACGGGACCCCUGGCUGAUCCACCUCCUGCUGGAGAAGCUAGAUAAGGACACCCGGUCCUUGUGGGCCCAAAGGAUUAUCGACGUGGAGAACCCAUCCUACGAAGAGUUCCUCAAGUUCUUGGACAAUCGGUGCGACGUCCUUGAAACCUGCACGGCGUUCAGCAGGAAGGUGACAACGGAUGGUCAACGGAAGGAUGCCGGGAAGAAGAUGCAAGCUGAGAAGAAGAUGCAGUCGCUGCAUGCGACUACAGUGAUACAAAAGUGCGCGAAAUGCUCCAGCGAGCAUCCGAUUCAUAUGUGCGAAGACUUUAAGAAAAUGGACUUACAGUGCAAACGUGAACUCGUACAAAAAGCGAAGUUGUGCUACAAUUGCCUUCGGCCUUCGCAUUCGGUGAAAAAUUGUGCCUCGAAGUCGGUGUGUCGCGUCGGCGGCUGUAAGCAGCGCCACCACACGCUGCUGUGCCCGAAGAUUGAAAACUCAAGUGAUCGGAAGGAAGAACGUAGUGAUGACCUGAAACAGCCAACGCAACCGUCACGAGAUCCUGUUGAUGUUGUUAGUUCGCUGGUGGUUCAGGUUCCGAAGCCACUGAAUGAAACGUUCGUGCUGCCGACGGCGCUCAUCAACGUGAAGGCUGUGGACGGAGGGUUUCUGAAGUGUCGUGCGUUGAUCGAUUCUGGCUCUGGCGCUUCGCUCAUCACUGAGGCCUGCGUGAACAAGCUUGGCAUUCCGCGUACUAAUGGGAAGGUAGUGGUUUCCGGACUGGCGCAACAGUCUGCCGGGACAACCCGUGGAAUCGUAAAGCUAGUGAUUGCAAAUCGGUGUAACGAGACCGUGAUUCUGCGAACCAGCGCGUUCGUGAUGGGCAAACUAACGUCGACACUUCCUGCGCAGUUGGUGAAGCCCAAUUCGAAGCUACUACAAAAGGAGAUCCAGGAUGCCCUGGCGGAUCCGGCGUACAACCAGCCGGCACCUGUUGAUAUCAUUUUAGGUGCGGAUGUCUUUCUUGCCAUUCUCCAACCGGGGCAAGUCAAGGACGAAUUCGAGAACCCAGUCGCCCAGAACACGAUUUUCGGCUGGAUCGUAUGUGGCAACCAAUCGAUCUACACAGCAGGGGUUCCCAGCAAUGUUUCCAUCAUCAACCUCCACACCGAGGUGGAUGUCAACCGUACUUUGCGCCAGUUCUGGGAACAAGAAGAAGUGCCGAAAUCGCAGCAGCUCGCACCAGAGGAGCAGGCUGCCGUGGAAUGUUUCCGGUCCACAACCACACGCGACGAUUCAGGACGCUUCAUCGUUCGGUUGCCUUUCGACGAAUCGAAGCCUGCGCUGGGCGAAUCCCUCACGCCAGCCAUCAAACGUUUGAGGGCCAUGGAGAAACGCUUCGAACGCGAUCCUGUUUUUCAUCGGCAGUACUGUGAUUUCGUCGAAGAGUAUCUCGCUCUGGGACACAUGGAGGAGGUACCUGCGAAUAACCUGAGCAUGGAAGCUGACAAAUGCUUCUACUUACCCCACCAUGCGGUAAUGAAGGCGGACAGCUCAACCACCAAACUACGCGUGGUUUUUGACGCCUCGAGCUCAUCAGGAUCAGACAUCUCUCUCAACGAUCGGCUGUUGGCGGGGCCGAACAUAAAUCAGGAUCUAUUUGACGUCCAUCUGCGGUUCCGCUCGAACGAAAUCGCAUUCGCUGCGGAUGCGGAAAAGAUGUUCCGCCAAGUGUGGGUCCAUCCACAGGACAGAGACUUCCAACGGGUUGUAUGGCGUAGCGACCCUGGCGAACCCAUCAAGCACUUCCGUCUAUGUACCGUUACUUACGGAACGAAGCCGGCACCGUAUCUGGCUAUCGAGUCCAUGCGAGAGGCAGCAAGAAACUACGAAACGGUGUACCCUGAAGCUGCCCAACGAAUAGUUCUGGAUAUGUACGUCGACGACUUCAUGUCCGGGGCGAAGAAUAUCGACGAGGCGAGACAGAUGAAAGUUCAAGUGUGCGAGAUCCUGCGCUCUGCGGGAUUCAAUCUACGAAAGUGGACGACUAAUCGACCUGAACUUCUGAGCGACAACGAGUACACGGAGCAGGUUCCAGUGGAGAUAAAGCUUGCGGAACAACCGGAGGCAGUGAAAGCGCUUGGCAUCCAGUGGCUACCUAAGGACGACGUGUUUUCUUUCAAGGUGAGCCUAUCAGUAGACAGCGUCAACACUAAACGACAACUGCUCUCGGAUUCAUCGAGGCUUUUCGAUCCGUACGGGUGGUUGUCUCCGGUUAUGGUGAAGAUCAAGAUCUUGUUUCAACAACUGUGGCUGAGUGACGUUUCCUGGGAUGAUCCUUUGCCUGCUUCAGUCGAGGUACCAUGGAAGGACAUCAAGGAAGGCCUCCACCUCUUGGAACAGAUUCGCGUACCACGCUACAUGGUGAGUUUCGGUGGAAAGGUGCAAUUACACGGGUUUUCAGAUGCAUCCGAAAUGGCCUACGGUGCGGUGAUCUACAGUCGUGCAAGGGACGACGCUGGUAACAUUUUCGUGAACCUCGUGGCUGCCAAGACAAGAGUGGCACCAAUCAAGCAAGUCUCGCUGCCGCGCUUGGAGCUGAGCGCUGCUGCUCUGUUGGCAGAACUAAUGCAGCGGGUCACUCAAGCACUCUCUCAUCUCACUGUGGAACACUGGGCAUGGACAGACAACACAAUCGUGCUCCAGUGGCUGUCAUCACAUCCUCGCAGGUGGAAGACGUACGUAGCUAAUCGUACUUCCGCCAUUCUCGACUUUCUACCCCGUGAGCGGUGGAAUCAUGUAAGUAGCCAGGACAACCCAGCAGAUUGCGCUUCUAGAGGACUUUCGCCGGGUGAAUUCGUUUCGUUUGACCUCUGGUUCCUCGGACCGGAGUGGCUACGCCAGGAUGAAGAAUUUUGGAACGCUGAACCCUAUGAACCAAUCGUCGAUGAAGAUAGUCUCGAAGAAAGGAAGCUCAAGGCCCUACACUCCUUGCCAAUAUCUUGCCGAAGCAGCUAUGCGGUCGAGCUGGAACUUCUACAUCGACGCUCAAGCUACAGAUUGGUGGUACGCGCGCUGGCAUACGUGAACCGUUUCCUACAAGCAGCGCGGGGCGUUCAACAUGAGCCAACAUUGACACCGAUUGAAAUCGACUCAGCAAGAUUGCAGCUGGCGAGAGCUGCACAAUUCGACGUGUUCAAGCAAGAAAUGGAGAUACUCGCCAAGGCAGGGGAGUUGCCGAUCAAGAAUCGAUUGUCUUCACUACAUCCAUUUUUGGACGACAAUGGAACAAUGCGAGUGGGAGGUCGCCUACAGAACUCGCCAUACUCGUUCAAUGUGAAACAUCCCGUUAUACUCCCACGUGAUCAUUGGUUGACGGAAUUGCUACUGAGAGACCUUCAUCUGCAGAACCUGCACGCGGGUCCAACGCUACUGACAGCUACGGUGAACCAACAGUACUGGGUUGUUGGGUUGCAAACGGCAAUUCGGCGAACAGUUCGCAGUUGCAUUCGAUGUGUGAGACUGAAGGGGCAGACCGCCAAUCAGCUCAUGGGUAGUCUACCUGUAUCCCGGGUGAUGGCUACGCGUGCGUUCACCCACGUCGGCGUUGAUUAUGCCGGCCCAUUCAAGAUCCAUGCAUUGUGCGUCAGGGGAGUCAAGACAUCCAAGGGUUACCUGGCGGUUUUUGUAUGCAUGGCCACCAAGGCGGUGCACCUAGAGGCUGCCAGUGACCUCUCAAGCAGCGCCUUCAUCGCCGCGCUCAAGCGGUUCAUCGGAAGGCGUGGAUAUCCCAACGAAAUUUGGUCGGACAACGGGACCAAUUUUGUUGGUGCCGACAAUUGGCUCCAGGAUCUUCAACGUUCGUUCAGGAACAACAGCCGGGCGGUGGAUCACUUCCUCACCAACCAAGGCAUCAAGUGGAUAUUUAAUCCUCCUUCGGCGCCACACCGAGGCGGGAUUUGGGAGGCAGCCGUAAAAAGCGCCAAGAAGCACAUCCUCGCGGUCGUUGGAUCCGAACCGCUCACUUUUGAAGAGUUUACGACGGUUUUGUCCCAAGUGGAGGCUUGCCUCAAUUCUAGGCCGGUCUGCGCGCUCUCCAGCAACCCUGACAGUUACGAGGCCUUGACACCGGGGCAUUUUUUGGUGGGACAGCCCUUGAACCUCAUCCCAGAACCAGGACUCCAGCAUAUCCCAGUCAAUCGGCUGGACAGAUGGCAGGCGCUACAGAAACACACCGAAGAAAUUUGGAGACGCUGGCGUGAAGAGUAUGUGGCCACACUGCAGCCACGUACGAAGUGGCGAACUACAGAGGAGAAUGUGAAGGAGAACCAACUAGUGUUGGUCAAAAACGAAAACGUCCCGCCGGCUCAAUGGGAGUUGGCUCGCAUUGUGAAGCUGCAUCCGGAUCCAUCGGGAAUCGUCAGAACUGUGACAUUGCGACGGGGCCAAACUGAGUACCAACGCCCUGUUCAGAAGGUUUGCGUCUUGCUAUCGGAUUGA